AUGGACACCAACGCGAUUCUCAAUCUCAUCCACGUAGCGCAGGACCAGCUUUGGGUUGACAAAGUGAAUGAAGCCCACAUAACAGGCCGUCUUUGCCAGUGGGUGUCGACUUUUCAUCCAAAUAAACUUCCCUGUGUACUUGAUGGUACCUUUCACCAUGGCGCAUUUAACGCCGGUAUGAAGAUGGUCUUUAGUGACAGCACAGCCUGGAUGGUCCGUUUCCCUCGUUGUGGGAUGGUUUGUGAAGACUACACAGACGAGAAGGUUGCUAUGGAGGUGUCGGCCCUAAAUCUCAUCCGCAGCACGACUACCAUUCCCACCCCAACAGUCCGGGCUUGGGGACCUGCUGCCAGUAACACACUUGGUCUAGGUCCUUUUAUUAUGAUGGACUUUAUCAACGGUGUGAGCCUUAGUAGCCUUCUCCAGGACCCUAACGCCGAACCCAGCAGAGUCAUAAGAGAAGAUAUCAGCGAUAGUGAUAUUGAGGUUAUCUACAGGCAGUUGGCGAAUUUUCUGCUUCAACUUUUCAAACUGGAUUUCGACCAAAUCGGCAGCCUGCCAUCGCCACAGACUGAAUAUCCAAGCCCUACACCACCGCGGCCGUUAACAUUCAAGGCACGAACUAUCCUACAAGACGGAGGAGUCGAUACUUUCGGAUUGGAAGCAGCUCGUUCAUCAACCAAACUCAUUGGGUUUUACGAUGCUCAAAACAAAUAUGUCGCAUUCAAAGUCCUGGAGAGUCUGAUACCUGAAUUCGUCAACGCAAAGUAUGACCGCUGCAAGUUUAAACUAAUAUGCGACGACCUCGGCUUGGCAAAUGUGAUUGUCCGUGGCACAGAAGAUCUCACUAUCGUUGGAUUAGUGGACCUCGAGUGGUCAUAUAUUGGACCCGCCCAGCUGUUUGGCUCGGCACCGUGGUGGCUUCUCCAAGAUAGGCCUGUCAACAGUACGUGGGAUUGCGUUGGCGAGGAGCUGCCUAAGAUUGGGUCCCGGUAUUUCAGAUACUUGGAGAUUUAUAUACGUAUAUUGGAGGAGGAAGAGUCAAAGAUGCAAGGGCACGAAGAGAGAGAGCUCUCUAGUCUCGUUAAGUGGUCACAAGCCUCCGGGGCUAUGUGGUUGCACAUGCUUCUCUCGUCUGGCUUUAAUGACGAACAAAGCUUUCCUUUUACGCAGCUGCGUGAACAUAUGGGGGCUACUGAGUGGGCAAAGCGUGGGGUGGAAUUCGACAACCCAAAAGAGCUUGAGGAAUUCGCGGCGCAGAAGGUUAGAGAGAUGGAUAUGUAUGAAGAAGCCUUGGGGGAGAUAUAA